UGAAAUGUAGCUUCCUUAUCUCUCAUCAUGAAGCGAGAGUUACUCUACGUUGGAAGGACAUUCGUACUAUUUACAAUCACUUCAUUCCUAAAACUUUACCAACUUUUGAUAGUGAAACAAGUAAAUCGAUUGGCUCAAAUAUUGAGGAAAUGUUACGCAAUUUGCUUCCCUUGGUCCCUGACAAUUUAAAUCCUGAAAGAUUUUCCAAUUCUAUCAAAGAAUAUAUCGAUCAUGGAAAAUCAAUUGAGCCUACAAUUAUUCCAAAAAAUCAUGUUACUCAAGAUCUUUACUAUUAUUUAGCUGAUUAUUACUUGAAAAACAAAGAGGUUCGAGAAGCCAUCAAAUUUUAUAUUCUUGAUCUAACUUUAAAUUGCAAUCGAUUUGAUUCAUGGGCUGGUUGUACUCUCGCAAUGAAAAAUCUAAUCUACCAUUGCUAUUCUUUGCCAAGUUGUCAAGUUUUCUACUCAGCUAUUGAUGAAGUGUUGCUUUUGGGAGAGAAAGCAAGUCGAUGUUACAAUGAAGCACUUCGACUUAAAGAAGGUGAAUCUAAAUUAAUGAUUAAAUAUGGAAAGUGUGCUUAUAACAUCGCGAGUUAUAUUUCUCGAGUCAUAAAAUUUGGACCAGUUUUGGAAAAUUCGAGAAAAGAAGCAAUGAAUCAACGGCGAAAGCAAUUCUUAGAUCAAGCUCGAGUUUGCUUCGAAUCAGCUAACAAAUUUGGUGAUGCUGAUGAAAUUUGGAUGAAUUAUUAUUUCUUAGGAAAAAUCGCUGAAAGAAGUAACAUCUUACAAACACUUCGAUAUUAUGAAUUAUCUAAGCUUCAUAUGCUCUCAAGUCCAGCAAUACUAAGUAACAGUAGUAAUGUCAAUGAUAUGUGUUUUCGCGCCGAAUUUCACUAUCGUAUUCACGCUUGUGUCCUCAAGUAUAUUUAUAGGCACAAAACUCCGCCAGCAAAAAUAUUAUCACAGAUCAUGUUGUUUCUAAUUCGUGCUGAAAAAAGCUAUUACGUUGCUAAGUUUAAUCCAAGAGAUGAAACAGAUGAUGAAAUUAUGGAAGAUGCCAACGAAACGGUGACUGAUUUGGUUACUCUGGUCCAUGAUGGAAUCCUCGAAAGUGACAGUGAGAAACUAUUCACCAGAAUAGUACAAAUGUGUCUUGAAGAGAUUCUUUACAUUUUAGAAGAUUAUCAUCGGCAUUACAAAUCACUCUAUCGAAUUGCUCAUCAUUAUUUUCUGACUAAAGACUAUCGAUUCUCACAAAGGUACUUACAAAAUCAUUUCAAUUUCCAACUUCUUCACAAGGCUUUUCAUCAGAUGAGGAAAGUUCAACUGCUUCAGAAUGUCAAAGAGAUAUUGUACAUCAGCAUUUACUUAGCACCUUUAACAUUUGUAUUAUCUCUUUAUUUACAGCGAAUAAGCGAAUAA